CGUAAAACUGUCACUCAUCUACUGCAAAGGGCCACGCCUGCAACUACGACCAGGACUACCAUUACGCUUGUGCUAGAAAAGUGAUCUCAAACUAUCUUAUGAUGGAACUCUUGUCAAACAAUUCGGUUCCGCAACAAAUGGCCAGCAGCAAUACGGCCAGCGCCAACGGUGUUGCGUCCUCAAAUGCCAACGGCAGCGGGGGCAGUGUCAGCAGCAACGCCAGCAACUCCUCCGAGCGCCUCCUGGCAGGCAUACUGGAGUCGUUUCCCGCCUGGGACCUCAACGUGGGACUGCUGCCCAAUGUGGGGCAGAGCUCGCCACCUCGCACGGACUUCUUCAUCAAUAACUUUCUGGGCGGACUAGACACACAUGGCGACUUCAGCAUCGGACCCAUUGGCAGUGGGCCGCGCAGCAACCCGAAGAUGUCGCCAGAGUCUUCCAACAACUCGAGCAUCAGCUGCGGCUGGUGCGAGGUGAGCGCCUCCAUACGCUGCCUCGAGUGCAACGAGUUUAUGUGCAACGACUGCCUGAGGGAGCACCGCAACAGUCCGCUCUCCUCGAACCACUCAAUCGUGUCGCUGCCGACACCCAUCGGGGCCUCGCCCACAGGCGGCAGCUCGACCAACGCCCACACGCCGCCCAGCUCCAACUUCAUCUGCGAUAUUCACAACGAGAUGCUACGCUACGUGUGCGACUACUGCCGCAAGCUGGUGUGCCAGUGCUGCACCCUGCACGAGCACAAGGAGCACAGCUACGCAUCCAUCCAGAGUUUCAUGGUCGGCUCCAAGGAGAAGCUGGAGGGCGCUAUCGAGAGCAGCCAGGUGGGGACGCGCUGCAUCAAGAGCAGCAUUGACAAGGCCCUGGCCUUCAUCCGGCUCAUCGAGCGCAACUGCAGCGAGCUGAGCGACAACAUACGGAAGGCCUUCCGUCAGUUCAUCAUUGCCAUCGAGGACCGCGAGCGCUUCCUGCUCGACUUUGUGGAGAAGCUGCGCAUGCGUCGUCUGGCCAUCCUCCACGACCAGAUGGCGGGCCUGAAGUCCGCCCUGGCCGGCCUCUCCGAGACCUCCGACAUGCUCAGCAAAGUAGCGGACAAUGCGCUGAGCAUGGACCAGAUCGAGAUAGCUAUGAAGCUCACCAAUGGACAGCGCCAGAUGGAGCAGUUUGCCGGCAUCUACAAGGAUCUGCAGCCCAAGCAGGAGGUCUUUGCCUUUGCCCCACCCGACUACAGUCUGCUGCAAGAUAUCCGAAACCAGGGCGGCGUCAUACUGGUCGACGACAAGAACCUGCCCAUCGUCACUAGUACCAGCGGCAUCGUGCCCAGCGUCUCCAAUGUUAACGCCGUCACCGCCGCCUCCGUGGGCAUCGGAGGAAUCGGAGUCGGAGUCGGAGUUGGAAAUGGCGUUGGUGUUAAUGUCGGAGUCAAUGUCGGCGUCGGUGGCGGUGUUGGUGUCGGCGUGGGUCCUGGCAAUGGAAUGGACUUGGCCUUUGGCAUCGGGAGCAUUGCCAACAAUCCGUUGAGCGUGGCCUCCUCGAAUGUGCGUCGUCCACUGCUGCGGGACAAUAGCUUCCGCAUACCGUCGCCCAUAAUGCAGCCGCGUGGCGGCAGUGCCUGCGGCAUGACUAGCGCCGCACUGGACUGGGAGCUGAACGGACUGCGAAGCUCGCCAGGCCUUCACUUCAGCGCUCCUCGAACGACGCAGGCCAUACCCGGCUGCAUGGAUCUGGUAAAAGUGCGAAACUCCAACUCACUGUCGCUGUCGUUUGCCACCGAAGGACACGAGGAUGGGCAGGUGAGCCGACCGUGGGGCCUGUGCGUGGACAAGAUGGGUCAUGUUCUGGUCUCGGAUCGCCGCAACAACCGUGUGCAGGUCUUCAAUCCAGACGGCUCGCUCAAGUUCAAGUUCGGACGCAAGGGCGUGGGCAACGGGGAGUUCGACCUGCCCGCCGGCAUCUGUGUGGACGUGGACAAUCGCAUCAUUGUGGUGGACAAGGACAACCACCGCGUGCAGAUCUUCACGGCCAGCGGCGUCUUUCUGCUCAAGUUCGGCAGCUAUGGCAAGGAGUACGGCCAGUUCCAGUAUCCGUGGGAUGUGGCAGUGAACUCGCGCCGCCAGAUCGUGGUCACCGACUCGCGCAACCAUCGCAUCCAGCAGUUCGACUCCGAGGGACGAUUCAUACGCCAGAUUGUGUUCGACAACCAUGGCCAGACGAAGGGCAUCGCCUCGCCCCGCGGUGUCUGCUAUACGCCCACGGGGAACAUCAUUGUAUCCGAUUUUGACAACCAUUGCCUCUAUCUAAUCGAUCCCGACAUCAAUGACAUUCUGUCCGUGAAGGGACACGAGGGCUCAGGCUUCCAUGAGUUCAAUAGGCCCUCGGGGCUGUGCUGUGACGACGAGGGCCGCAUUAUAGUGGCCGAUUCCAAGAAUCAACGCAUCCUGGUCUUCAACCAAAAUCUAGACUUUAUGUGGGAUAUCGAGGUGCGACCCUCUAUCAAUCCACUAAUGCCACCGACGCUGGACGAGAAGGAUCGAACGUGCGACGUGGCCAUGAUGCCAGACGGUCGCAUAGUAUUCCUCAUUGAACUGUCGCCAGACUCCAAGGAAGGGUCUAACCCUUACAAGCGGUUUGUGCACGUAUUCUAAAUAAGCUUAUAGCCGUCAAAUGGACUGGGAGGGGAAUAGGAAUACGAAUACGAAUACGAAUACCAAUCUUUUUUUAGACCAUUUACAAGAGCUAAACGUUAGCGUAGUAGAGACAUCCAAUCCAAAAGAAACAAAACAAAAAACUAAAAGAACUA